AAUGGAAACGACCCUGUGGAGAAAGUUAGGAAGCAUACUUGGCUGGUCUUAAAUUGUUCGCACAAGCCGUGUGGACGAGUACUCAGGGAUUAAACCUGUUUCCCGAACACUUGACGCACACAAACGUAACUUGCACCAUGAAGUCUGAAGAGCACCACUGUGACAUCUCAGACAUCCAGGGUGAAUUCCAGUCAGCUCACAUGUGUGCAGGUGACAUAGAGGCUGUGAGGGUUCUGAUGUCCAUGACUAAGCACUGCAAGUCCAGGAACUUCAGGCUGAGACACUUCAGACCUCUGUCUCCCUCUGCAGACAGCUCAGAGGAUGACCUGGUCACCACCAGUACUGCUGUGCUGCAGGACUGUCCUUUUCUAAGUGAUCCAUAUUGCAUGACACCACCAUACAGCCCACCCCACUCUGAGACUGCCUAUCCAGGGUUAGCUCUGAAGCCUCACCAACCUGCAGAAGAAACCUCCAUGCACAAGCACCAACACACUGCUCAGCCGAGCUUCCAGUGCACCAGUGUGAUCCGUCACACUGCAGAUGGCCUGCACUGCUCCUGUGACCUUCAUUAUGUCUCAAAGGAAGAGGAGCUCACUCAGGUUCACAGGCUAGACUCUAAAAAAGACUUGAACUGUGAAGAUGGGCUGAAUAGUAGAGACUCUGAGGAGAUUACUGCAACACGAGCUUGCACUGAGACAUCCCCAAAUGUUGUUCAGUCCAGACAGAACCAAGGAAGUCUUGUAGGCUCAGGUGAAAAUAUAAAGACACCUCAGUCUGUCCUAGCAGGAAGUGCUCUGGCCUCUCCUGUGGCGGUCUACUGCCACGUUCUUCCUGUCUCUUCUUCUUCACCCAGUGUUGUGCAAAAGACUGUCACAAACUCACACAGUCAGCAGCAACAACUACUGCCAGCAGUCACCAUGGUACACACACCACUGCAACUGCAGUGCAAAAAAGAACGACAAACGGCUUCUUCUGCUCAGGUCUUCCUUGUAGGGGGUGAGGUGGCAAAGGGUCCGGUCAUGCUCCUUGUCCCUCAGCCAUCUGUUCCUCCUUUCUACCUUCAGCCAGUGCAGGUGAACCCUGGUGGAACCAAGUUCGCAGCCAUCGCCCCGGCACCUCAUUGUGCCUCAACAGAGCAAAGACGCAUCCCUCAGCAGCCAGAGGUGGUCCGUGCACGCACUCAUGUUUGUCCCCGCGAGGACUGCAGCAAGACCUACUUCAAGAGCUCCCAUCUCAAGGCCCACAUGAGGACACACACAGGUGAGAAACCAUACAAAUGCAAGUGGGAGGGCUGCGAGAGACGCUUUGCUCGCUCCGAUGAGCUGUCCCGCCACCGCCGAACCCACACGGGAGAGAAAAGGUUUGCCUGCCCAAUGUGCCUCAGCCGCUUCAUGCGCAGCGACCACCUGGCCAAGCACACCCGAAGACACCUGGCGGCGAUGAGGGCACACUGCUGACCUUGCUGCAUGCAGAGCGUCCUCUUCAACAAGACUGUGAAACCAAAUGAGACACAUUAAGCUGUUGAUACUGAGUCUCAGUGCACAGAGGACUGUGUAAUUUUUUUUUUUUUUUUUGUCACCUUAUGAAAGGGCUGUUGUGCAACACUGUUAAACUGACAGCGAAAUUGCAAGUAUUUGCUAUCCUGCCAUGAUUACAGAUGAAUAUAAACGAGGUAAUUAAAGUGUUUACAUUUAACUACUGCAUCGACGUAAGCUGAGCAAUUACAUAUAGUCAAGUUUACUUCUUAAAAAAAAUCUUUUCAGUAAUAUUUGACCAAAAAUUGUUCAAUCUUGUUCUUUUGUGCCACGACAAUCAGUUUAAAAUAUCUUUGCUCAAUGUUUUCCGGCACAAAACAGAGUUCCUUAAUAAACUUGAUCAUUUUUGUCUCGAUCAAUAAAAAACCUGUACUAUUUAAAAUAUGUUCCAUGGUUCCCACAUGCCUGUGAUACUUUAAAGCUUUAUCCCCUUCAGUUUGUUAUUGCAAAAUGACUGUAUACAACCGUCAGGUUCUAAAACUAAGGACUGCCACUUUCAGCUGUGUGUACGACACCAGGAGGUAGUCAUUAUUUCCAACAUUUGUCUGUUUCUGAUAAAACACACACACAGUGAUUCACAG